AAAAGUCUGAGGCGAUCUUGAUCUUGAUCUUGGUUCUAUUUUUAACCUAUUAUCUCAUCAGUCAAAAAAGCUAAAAAUGAUGAUGGUUGAAUCAUUCUCACUUGAAGAAGCAAGCAAGUAGUUUAACUUGCCUUGUUUGAUACUUGGAGAUACAUUCAUACACACCAAUGAAGAAGCUUUUCUUUUUCAAAUCAUCAUCUGGUAAUGAUAAACAAACUCGCCGUGGAAAAGAAUCAGAAGCUAAGGGUGUUGCCUUGAAGUCUCAGAGCAGCCAGGCUCUUAGAAGAAGUCAUUCUUUUUCUUCAGCAGCUUUUCUCGUUGAUGGAGCUUCCUCAAAUGAUCCAAACGCUACAAAACAAAGAUACCAUUCAUCUCGAUGUUUUACACCGGAGAGCCAACAGAAAAAACAAGAACAAACUCACAAGUACAAAGUACAUGAUUCAUCAGGAACUUUAUCAACUUGUUCUAGUAAUGUCUCAAGCCAAGUCUUGGACCGUUUCAUUGAUGGAGAAGAGCAUCAUCAUCAUCAUCAUAAGCCAACAAAGACCGGUUCUUCAGGGAGCAGCAUCAAAGGAAGGAAGCAUCAUCCUUCUAGAUUUCAAAUCCAUUCACCAACAUUAUCAGACAACAAUGUCAAAGAGAGACGACACUCUGACAACCGUAUAAACGAUGCAUCAGCACGUUCACUUGCAAGAAGUGUCAUGGAAAGACUCUCGCACACUCACGGAAAGUCAAAGGCCUUGAGUUACGGCGCACAGGAUUUGGAUGUUUUCGCCAAUCUUCUUCCAUUGGCUGAACACAUACAUAACGGUUAUUACAAGGAUGACCACGUGGAGGAGCAAGAGAAAGAGAAGGAGAGGUUCUUGCACGGUAAGAACAGAGGAGGAGAUGUUAACUCUGAGCUAGAGAAGAAGUAUAAAGAAGCUGAGAAGAGAGUGAAGCUUCUUUCUCAAGAACUAAACGAGCAGAAGUGUGACUUUGAUGAUGUUAGACAAAUAGAAGAGGAGAGAGUAGGCUUAGCUUUUGAAGUCUUGAGCCUUUUGAGGUCACAGAUGGAUGAGAGAGCUUCUGCUAAGGAAGAGAUCAAACGAGUAAAAGCUGAUUCAGAGUUGCAUAUUCAGAAACUAGAGAAAGAGAAGAGCGAGUUACAGUUUGGUUUGGAGAAAGAGAUUGAUAGAAGGUCAAUAGAGUGGACUUCAAAGCUAGAGAACUUCCAAACAGAGGAGAAGAGGUUAAGAGAGCGUGUCAGAGAGCUCGCUGAGCAUAACGUCUCACUCCAGAGAGAAGUAGCAACGUUUCAUGAAAAGGAAACCGAGCGUAUGGAUAUGUUAAGAGACAUGGAUGAGAAAGUCACUGAGCUGAGUGGAACAGCAGAGGAAACGCGUCAAGAGAAUGUGUAUCUUGUCCAAAACCUCUCCAAGUUGCAAGAGAGUUACACUGACGCGACAGAAGAUCUUGAUUGUGUGAGAAGAAUGUUUGAAGAGAAAGACAUGGAGUGUAAGGAGCUGCACAAGUCUGUUACUAGGCUUGUAAGAACCUGUAGGGAACAGGAGAAGACUAUUCAAGGACUUAGCGAUGGUUUCUCUGAAGAAACUAAGAAGCAGCAACCGUCAGAGAUGAGCAAGAAGUUUCAGACAGAACAGAUAAGAUUGUCAGGUGUUGAGUUCUCACUUAGAAAAGAGUUAGAAUCAAUGAAGCUUGAAGCUGAGACUCUUCGUAUAGAGAAUACUUGUUUGCGGAGUAGAGUAAAAGGCUCCCAUGGAGAAGAAGAAGGAGAUGCCACUAUGACCACCUUGAAGCUAGAUAAUGAGAUGAAGAUGCGUGUAUGCCUCUUACAAGACCAAGGAGUCUCAAUGUUAAAUGAGAGCAUGCAGGUAUGUUACAAGUUAUUGAAGUUCAUCAAAGGGAACUUAGCUCAAGACUUGCAUAAUGGAAUGAGUGAGCAGUUUCUGAUUGAAUCUGAGAUGAAUGUUCAUGGAAUAAGACGUGGUACUGAAAACCUGAAGAGAAGUUUGCAGACUGUCACCAGCUUACUCCUUGAAAAGUCCAAUGAGAUUGCAUCAAACUCAGAAUCACCUGCUAGGCCUACCCAUCCAAUCAACCAAUCUGUGGAGAAACUCCUGAGAGCUGAACUAAGAGCAGAGAGUCUAAUCACGAGUUUGUUAAGAGAGAAACUGUACUCCAAGGAACAAGAGAUCGAGCAGCUUCAUGCAGAAGUAGCUACAGGAGUACGUGGCAACGAAGUUUUAAGACGUGAAAUCCAAAACGUCUUAGACAACCUUUCAGUACACGCCCACCAAUUAAAAGACCUCAAGCUUCAGAUGGUGAAGAAGGAAGAGAAUGUGAACAGGCUUGAAACCAAUCUCCAAGAAGCUGCAAAACAGUUGUCUAGUAUGAAAGUUACAUUACCGAGAGUGAUGGAGGAAAAGGAGCAGAUGUAUAAGGAAGUGAAUGAGUGCAGAAAGAGAAACAUGGAUUUGGAGUCAGAUAAGGAGAUGUUGAGGAAGGAGGUUGAGAGAUUGGAAGAGGAGACACUUUACAAGGAAGGUCAGAUCACGAUACUGAAAGAUACACUUGGAAGCAAGAAAUUCGAUCUUCUCUCGGGUGCUGACUUAUUUAACGAUUUCUUGGUCCAAUAA